AUGUACGUCUACCUCGGAAAGCUCGACUGGAAGCCAUACGGCCAGGACGAGACCUUUGUCAUCACCCUGCCCAACGGUCCCGCCCGCGCCGGCGACCCGGCCUACCUCUUCUCGCAAUGGACUAAGGACGCCCGCGGCGCGCAAAAGGCAAACUGGUUCCUCAACCUUGUCGUCGACAAGGUCUCUAAGACGGCCAGCGGCGACGAUGUCUUUACGCUCAAGAACUCGCACUACUACUCGUGGGAGAUCACCACCCAGAAGGUGUAUGGUGAGCUCAAGGUUGCCAUGUCGAACCCUAACAAGGAGAAAAGAACCAUGACUCUCAAGCAAGUCUGGAAGUCCGAGACCGAGGUUCCCAAGGGUGCCCUGCGCAUCUGGACUGGCAAGAUCAACUGGCCCAAUUAUGCCACUAACGAGAUGGCUACUUUUAUCGUCCCUGAGGGUUUCGGCAAGGACAAGCCUGUUUUGGCUGUCUGGCAGUGGACUCAGAACGGCGAGGGAAAGCCCAAGAACCCUAACCUCCAUGUCGCCAAGCAGAACACUUUUUCCAGUUCCGGGAAGGGUGUGAAGUUCGAGUAUGACUCCUUCUAUCACUUGAACUGCACCUGGCAGGAACAGACGGAGAGACUCUCUGUCCACAUGAAGGGACGCGAUAGCGAAGCCCAUGUCAGCCAGGAGCUCGGCGAAUACGCUCUUGCCGUUCUUUAUGAUCGCCACUCUCAUGACUUCGGCCCGCCCGAGUCCACCCCCAACAAGGUCGAAGUCGACCAUCGUCUUCCUCAGACUCAACCAUCUCUUGCUCGCAUCACCACCCCGAUGCCUUUCCCUCGCGGACUGGUUGACACCUUGACUCAUGCUCAGGCUUUCAUCGACCAAGCUGGCUACCUGGCCAAGUAUGCCGAAGAGCGAUUCCAAGCUCUUGAUGCCGAUCUCCACGCUCGCGACCACCAGCUCCAAGCUGCUCAGAAAAACCUCAAGGAACUCGCCGCGGACAGGGAUCGCUUGAUUGACGAUCUCAAAGUCGAGAAGGCUAGAGCUGCAAGUCUUCAAGGCAGCGUCAAGACAGCUCAAGAGAAGGUGAAGAAACUUGAGGCUGAGGUGAAAGAACUUCAAGAGCGGCUCCAGAAGGACAUCGACCACGAUGACGAGGACCAUAAGAGAAUCAUGAAACUGGAACUCUCACUUGAAGAUGCCAGAGCUGAACGGGAUCUGCUUCUGACCAAGCUGAAUGAGGUCGUGCCUGAUCUUGCAGCUACUAAGGCCCGUCUCGAGACUGAGUUGGACAAUGUCAAGAAAUUGGUGGACAAGCUCAGUAUCCUUCAGACUACUCUGGAUGUGCAAAAGAAGCGCAACGAGAAGCUUGUCGAGCAGAACGGAAAACUUACGACCACGAACGUCGACCUUGAGGACCUGGUAAGGAAGCUCAAAGGUGAUAUCGAAAAACUCGAGGGAACAGCCUCGUCAUUUGGGCAGACACAAGCACGUCUCAACUCGAAGAUUCAAGCCCUUGAAACCGCGAGAGAUGGCGCACAGGAUGAGCGUAACAUCUCGCAGGAUUUGCUGAUCAAGGAGCGCGACAAGGCGCACGCGCUUGAGGACAAACUCAAGAUUGCCGACAAGAAAAUUGACAAGUUUGAGGACACAAUUGACAUCUUCAAGGGUAUCUUGAAUAACAACGGCCUGAGCAAGUUGAUUCCUGCCUGA